AUGGAAAUCGUCCCGGCAGGGCGGGAGCCCCGCGAAAACAAGAGUUUGGCGGUCUUCAAAAAAUUCAAAAGUUUUGUUCAAACCAAAUAUUUUUUCGAAUUCAAAACCCCGCUCCCCCUAUCCCUCUCUAUCAUUUCCCCUUUUUCUGAUUUUGUCUACAGAGGGGGAAGAUGUGCAGAACCGUCUCCUGCUUCUCCCACGAUCAGCUUUCAGAUGUCAAGGUACGCCGCUUGCUUCGAGCCGUCGCAACUUUCCUUAUUCGUUCACUAGUUGCUUCCGAUCGCCCAUGAGUUUUCCGUUCAUGAAAUCCCCAUUUCUGCCGAAAUUCAGGCUGCCCAUCUAGAAAAAUAUGGUUAGAGAAUUGGAGCCUGUGUCAUUCUAUAACCGUCUCCGUGAAUCGGCGUCCUUGUCCUCGUCCUCGCCACUGUUGAUCUUCCCCUCAACUUCCGAUGUCGAUUCCCUCUGUGCCUUGAAGAUCGUAACCCAUGUCCUCUCCUCCGAUUCAAUUCGUUAUUCUUGCUACCCCAUCUCAUCGUUUGCGGAGGUUGAUCGAUUGGCCGGAUCCAGCCUCCGAUCUGAUGAUCACCCCAUCUCCAUCCUCUUGAUUAAUUGGGGAUGCCACCGAGACCUGCGCCGGAUCCUAAAUCUGGGGCCUCUAGCUCGGGUUUUCGUCAUCGACAGCCACAGGCCGAUCCAUUUGCACAACCUCAGCAGCAGGAACGGCCAGGUCGUCGUCCUCUACACUCGGAAUGACGAGGCCAUAGCCGAUGUUUCCUAUGGCGUCGAUGUUUCCGAGCUGGCGGAUGCUGUAGAUUUGGACUCUGAUGAUGAGUUUGGCGACGAGAGCGACAGCGAUCUUGAUGAUGACUCUGACGACAGCGAGAGUGAUGCCGAUGAAGACGAGGACGGUAGGAGGCGGAAGCGGCGGAGGAGAUCGGGGGAGUCGGAUGUUGAUCGGAAGAAAAGAGAGUACUAUCGAUUGGGUAGCUUCCACGGGAAGCCCUCUGGUUGCUUGAUGUUCGAUGUGUCCAAUUCGUUGAGAAAGAACACAAACGAGCUCUUGUGGCUUGCCUGUGUUUCUCUGACUGAUCAGUUUGUUCACGAGAGGCUGACCAACGAGAGGUACCGAGAUGGAGCUGAUGAGUUGGAGCAUCACAUCAAUAGCUCCGGGAAUCUUGACGCCGUGAUGUCAAUCACUCUUAAAGAUGGUACCAAGAUCCGAGCUCCAGACGCUUCAAGAAUUGCUUAUGAAGAGGAGCCUAGGUUGAUGCUAUUGCGGGAAUGGACUCUGUUCGAUUCGAUGCUCUGCUCGUCAUAUAUUGCUACCAAGCUUAAGACUUGGAGCGACAGCGGGCUGAAAAGGCUGAAAUUAGCGUUGGCAACGAUGGGAUUUUCUCUGCUAGAUUGCCAGCAGAAGUAUCAGUACAUGAGCAGUGAAGUGAAGGAGAACAUGAAGGGCGAGUUCAAAAGGCUUCUGCCUCAGUUAGGACUAGAAGAAGUUUACUACAGGAGCUUUGUUAGGCUGCAUGGUUAUGGGUCUAAGGUGUCCGCUGCUGAUGUGGUCUACGGAGUCACUGCCUUGCUUGAAUCCUUUACUGAGUCGAAGGGUUCCUCUGCUGAACAGUUUUGGUAUGCGUACUCGGCAUUAUCACUAGGCAAUCUCGAUAAGUUGCGAAAGGGGAUGCACAGCGCAAUACAGAUACAAAGGGCUAUAUUGAGACAAGGUAGCUGUGCCAUCACCAAAAGUGGGUAUAUAAGAAGUAGUAGGAAAUUCAGAUGGUUAAAGAUUGAAGAUGCAGUUGAUACUAACUUGUUGGGUUACCCUCAAGCACUGACCAAAUUCUGCUACUUUCUCAUGGAUGCUCUACUAGAAAAGGGUGCAAAGAUGAAGCCUCUGAUCUGCGCAUGCUUAACACCAGACCCAAGCAAAGUUUUGGUUGUAGGCAUUCCUGGUAGGCCGAAAUUUAUGCAAGGGAAUCGCUUUGGCAAUGCCUUCCGGGCAGCAGCAGAGCAGAUUGAGGCAGAGUUCUUCCACGAACUCUUUGAGUCUUCUUGGAUUAUCUUGGACCGAGUUGCUGUUAAUUCUUUCAUGAUCAGGGUCUCCGAGAAACUCUAGGAUGUAUUCUUUAUUGAACAGGUGACAGUUUAAUUUUCUCAUGGAACUUGUAACAAAUUGUGUUGGGAAUUUGAGGCUGCCCAAGAUUUUCGAUGUUGAAGCAACUGCAAAUACUUAAUUUGUUUAUGGUUCUUUGUUCGCUUGAA